UAGUGGGCCAACUGUUUCACACUUUGUUUCCAGAUGGCAUAAACAAGUUUAUUUGGCUGUGAUUUAACUUCUUAUGACGUUAAGUGAGUACUUAUUGAUGCAGUGCAAAGCUUGGGAUAAUUCAAAUACAAUUUUUUUCACUAAAAUUGUUCUGUUUUGCAGUUUUGAUAAUUAAUUUUUUUUUUAUUUUUUUUUUUACAUGGAGCAGCUAUAAAAACGCUAUAAUCCACGUUAAAGUGCUGCAUUUCUGUACAUUAAGUGAGGGCACGUGGGAGUGGCGGGAAAAGUCACCCCCGUCUGACGUCAAAAAAGAAAAGUGCUCAUUCCGGCGGAGCCUCGCGCUGCAAACCGAACCGGAACAAGUCUGCAGUCCCUUGGAGGACAAGUAUUGGCUACAAGUGUCUCCUCCGCCUGAGCCACCAUCGUUCUACUAAACCCAGCGGUACAGCUUAUGAGUACAAUUUAAAGAGGAGGAAAACCAAAACAAAACACCGGAUACGCCAGGACUGAGACUUCCGCUUCAAGCCUUGCGAGGGGAAAAUCGUUUCGGCGUUUCUGGAAAUGUCCAGGUGUUGGGUAUGAAGAAACAAACCCACAAGGUGUUGAAGAAGGGGGAAGAGGAGGAGACCUUGUGUUGCUGUGAGUAUGUGAACAGACAUGGGGAGCGCAGUCAUAUAGCCGCCUGCUGUUGCGACUGUGAGGACCUGGACGAUGCCUUUGACAGGUUUUUGAAGAGGGAGUCUCAGAAACCCGACUCCCUGUCUCAGGUGGCUGCAGUCAUCUCUGACCGGAUCCGUGUGCCCUGGCUGAGGGGCGGAGCUCAAAAGCUGGACCUGUCCAUUAUCCCCCCUCUCAUUCUCCUCCCUGCCCUGCUGCACCUUGCCGCUCUCCACUUCCUGCUCGGCCUGGUGGUUCUGAUCACUCUGCCCGUCUUGGUGCUGUGGUACUACUACUUUACCCACAGAAAGAAAGGACGAACGCUCUUCUUCCUCAGCCUGGCUCUCUUCUCCUUAGCGUACAUGUACUAUGUGUUCAUCGUUGAGGUGUUUCCCCGCGGAGAUGUUGGUUCUUUUGAGCUGGCUGCAGUGACGGUCGGGAUCACCCUCACCGUAAUGGUGCUUUUCCACUCAAAGAGAAAUCCCGGCGUUGUUCGGCCAGAUAAAGAGGCGGUCCACAGCACGGUGACGUACUACAGUCCUUUAGCAGACAGGGAUUCCCCCCUCAAUGGACGCAGGCAAGAUGUCACGCUGAUCACAGCCAGCCAGACAGAGCUGGACGGGCCCGAUUUGAAGGAAAGUAACCGGAACUGGUGCAGCGUGUGCCGGGUGGUGAGGCCUCCGAGGGCUGGACACUGCCGGAUCUGUGGCGUCUGUGUGCUGCGUCUCGACCACCACUGUGUCUGGAUCAAUAGCUGUGUGGGGCAGGCCAACCACCGCAGCUUCCUGCUCACUCUCAUCCUCUUCCUGUUGACGUCGCUGUACGGCAUCGGGUUGGUGCUGCGCAGCGUGUGUCCACAGCAGCACCUGCUCACGGCCAUGCUCUACUGCCCCGGAGUUUACAACCAGUUCAGCACCGCACUAUGUUUCACCUGUGUGUGGUACUGCACCAUCGUGACGGCUGGUGUGCUUCACCUGCUGCUGGUGCAGGUCAUCAACAUCAGCUGCAACGUGACGGAGCGCGAGGCCAGAGCUGCCAUUCGUGAGAAAAGUGCCCGCAGCUCCUGCUGGGGGCUCGUGGUGGAGACGGGGGUUUACUCCAGAGGCUUCAGCGGCAACUGGUCCGAGUUCAUGAGCAUGGGAGACCAAGUGAGCCCCGCCUCUACUGCUCAUUUGGUGUGACUGUUCUGUUCUUUGGGUACUGAAGCUGCUGUUCUGAUAGUGUCCACUGGAUGGCAGCAUGGCUCUAUAUAACUGAUAUGGACAAAUUGAAACUGAGAGCUUAUCAAAGAUCUGGACAGUCACUGUCUUCAGACAUUUUGCAAUAAGAAUGUCAAAGAUUCACUGCCACUAACAUAACCGACAACUCGCCUCCCAUCUAUCCCAUCUAUGCACAAUCCACCUGAAUGUGUUCCUCCAUGAGGACCCCCCCCUCCUCCAUUCUGGUUAUCUUCCCUCUGAUUCAUGGCUCUGAUGGGGGCAAAACUAUGAAUGGGUGGAUGGUUUUCACACUGCAGUUAUUCCAUCCUCUUUAACUGCACUUCUCACAGAUAAAUGAAAGGUAUCAGUACAA